AUGGAUCCGAAGCGACCCCCCUUUCCGGGGCCCCCAGGGGUCACCCGCAUGCCGUGGAUGCCGUCUGCAGGAGAUCAGGGGCCGUCGCCCGACCAGCCCUCAUUGGGACGAGCCAGAGGUCUGGUUCUGCCUAAAGAUGAACCUCUUCCCGGACGAAGUAGAGUACCUGGAGAAGUGCCUGUACGGUUUGGGAGCGCCAUCACUGUAAGACAGCCUGCGGUGGGCGUUUCUAGAGGUGUGCGAUUACCGACGGACGCCGGAGGUUUCGGAAGAGCCCGAGGGUUUCUGCUGCCCGGUUUUGGGAUGGGCAGAGGGGCUCCUGUGGGGCCUGUGCCUACGCCGGACAUCAAAAAAGCAGACGUACGGGAGAAGAGGCCUGUGCUGCAAACAGAGGUGACUCCAGCGAUUGCUCAGAUUGCGGCUCCUGGGCCGGGGUCAUCGCUGAUGUCCAUGUUCAGGGGCCUGGGCAUUGAACCGGGAAAGACAUGGGGGAGAGGAGCCACGCCUGUUGGACGGGGGGCAGCAGGCGACUUGGGGACGGACGUCCAGUCGGCCGACCGCUCUGACUCGGAAAGGGAAGAAUCGGGCUUAGAAGAAUCCUUUAGUUUCCUGGGCAGAGGAUUUGUUGGCGUUGGCCGAGCCGCGUUGCCUCAUAUAGGUGUAGGUCGUGGGCGAUUGGCCCGUCGGGCCCCGUUUCUCCCGUUGCGGCCCCGGUCUCUGAAGAAGCACCGGUUCCUCCAGGAACGCCCCCGAAAGUUGAAGGAGCCUCUGCAGAAAACCGGAACAAAAGGCAGUCCUGUAUCCAUCGGGUCAAACUACAUCCCCAUCUGCUGCAAAAAUGAAGCUGUGUUUCAGUACCAUGUUACUUUCACGCCGAACAUUGAGUCUCUGAGUAUGCGCUUCGGUAUGAUGAAGGAGCACCGGUCUACGACGGGGGAGGUGGUGGCCUUUGAUGGAUCCAUCCUCUAUCUGCCGAAACGUCUUGAAGAGGUUGUUCAUCUUAAAGCCGAGAGGAAAACCGACAAUCAAGAGAUCGACAUUAAGAUCCAGCUGACGAAGAUUCUGCCGCCCAGCUCUGAUCUGUGCAUCCCGUUCUACAACGUGGUCCUAAGGAGAGUGAUGAAAUUACUGGGGCUGAAGCUGGUGGGCAGAAACCAUUACGACCCCAACGCCGUUGUGAUUCUCGGCAAACACAGGCUUCAGGUGUGGCCUGGAUACUCCACCAGCAUCAAGCACACCGAUGGAGGCCUCUACCUCGUCGUGGACGUCUCGCAUAAGGUGCUGCGAAACGACUCGGUGCUCGAUGUCAUGAAUCUGAUUUACCAGGGAAGCCGUGAGAGCUUUCAGACGAGUGCACGGCGGAGUUUGUGGGCUCGAUCGCCAUCACGCCGCUAUAACAACCGCAUUUCUACCGUGAUCGACGACAUCGAGUGGUCCAAGUCUCCCAAAGACACCUUCACCUUGGCUGAUGGGACCGUCACCACGUUUGUGGAUUACUACAGGAAGAACUAUGGCAUCGCCGUAAAGGAGCUGGACCAACCGCUGCUCAUCCAUCGUCCCAAAGAGAGGUCCAGACCUGGAGGAAAGGUCAUGACGGGUGAAAUCCUGCUGCUCCCGGAGCUCUCCUUCAUGACCGGCAUCCCCGAGAAGAUGAGGAAGGACUUCAGAGCCAUGAGGGUACAAAUCAGAUCUGACCGCACAUCAACGUGGGGAGCCGAGCAGCACACCCGGAGCCUCAAGCAGCUGCUGCACAACAUCAACAGCAGUAACGAAGCGCUCUCAGAGCUGGGUCGCUGGGGCCUCGGCGUCAGCCAGGAGAUUCUAGUGACUCAAGGAAGAACUCUGCCCAACGAGACCAUCUGCUUGCAUUCAGCUUCUUUUAUCAGUGACGCCUCCGGCGUAGACUGGUCCAGAGGUGGUUCGAGACCCCUCUAUCAGCACCUUCUUCGGUUCUCCUGUAUCUGUCUCCUGCUUGCUCUCGGUCAGGUUCCUCUGAACUGCUGGGCUGUUUUCUAUCCCCGGCGGGCGACCGAUCAGGCAGAGGAGCUGGUGACUACUUUUACUAAGGUGGCCGGACCAAUGGGCAUCAAAAUUGAGCGGCCCAUCCGCAGUGGAGCUCACGGGACGAUCGUAACCGAGACCUUCAUCAAGAGCAUUCACUCUCAACUCACCAGCGAGGCUCUUAUUCCCAGGUUAUCAACGUUCGGACCAUCUCUCAGCCAGAGGCAGAAGCUCCAGAGCAUCGGCCGUCAGAAGAUCCUUCUGCAGAUUAACUGCAAGCUGGGAGGAGAGCUGUGGACGGGUGAACGCCUCCUCUGGGUUACCUUCCAGAUGCCUCUACGAGGAGAUAAUCAGCAGCUUCAGGGUCUGUCUGCUGAUGGCCCUGUGAAAUACUACGCAGCCAUUUCUCGCCGCCGGAGUAGACUACACUUCCCCGAGAAGAUCGUCAUCUAUCGCGACGGCGUGUCUGACGGACAGCCCAAGACGGUGGAGCUUUACGAUCCUCAGGUCCUGAAGUGCUUCGAGACCAUCCCAACUACGAUCCGGCUGGCUUUCAUCGUGGUGCAGAAGAGGAUCAGCACCACCCUGUACUCCUGCGGAUCUGACCAGUUCGCACGCCCUCGCCGGAACCGUCCUGGACCACACCGCUACCAACAGAGACUGGUCGGUGUCCAAGAGCCGCUUCAGAGCGACUGA